AUGGCGGCUAGGUUUGUUCUUGACGGGGAUAUCCUAUACAAAAGAGGAAAGGAUCAAAUGCUCCUGAGAUGCGUAGACGCUGUUAAAGCUAGAAGAAUACUUGAAGAUAUCCACGAAGAAAUUUGUGGAACGCAUGCCAAUGGGUUUACUAUGGCUCGGCAGAUUAUGAAACUUGAUAAUGCUUUGAAUUUGAGCAACAAGAUGAUGAAAGAAGUAUGUGAGCAAUUUCAAAUAAAGCAUCAUAAUUCUCCGCCCUAUCGCCCGAAGAUGAACGGAGCAGUAGAAGCGGCUAAUAAGAACAUUAAGAGGAUUCUCAGGAAGAUGACUGAGACAUAUAAGGACUGGCACGAGAAGCUACCAUUUACUUUGUACGCAUACCGCACCUUUGUGCGAACAUCUACGGGGGCAACUCCUUUUUCUCUAAUCUACGGAAUGGAAGCUGUUCUGCCCAUCGAAGUGGAGAUCCCAUCCCUACGUGUCUUGAUGGAAUCAAAACUAGAAGAAUCAGAGUGGGUUCGAGCUCGAUAUGAUCAACUAAACCUUAUUGAAGGGAAACGCUUGAAGGCAAUUUGUCAUGGACAGAUGUACCAGAAGAGAAUGAUCACGGCCCAUGAUAAAAGGUGCGGCCAAGAGAAUUUCGUGAAGGGGAGCUUGUUUUAA